AUUAUAUUAACCUUUUAUGUUGUUUGUUAAGUUUACCAUCAUGUGUCAGUUUUUUGAAUCGUUCCUUGUUUAUUAUGAAAAUUAAGUUACAAUUUCCGAGAUGUUUAUUAGCAGUCCACGGAACAUAUACUGUAGUUUAUAUUGCUUUAAACGGUAAUAACAUUAAUUUUUGCUUCACAUUAUUCCAUGACAAGAGAAAAAUGAGUAAACUGGAAAAUUCCGAUUAAAUAAUUAACAAAAAGAAAGUAACAUAUAUGUAACUGUGGUUUAGAAAUGAUCGUUUUGUUUAAAACGUAAUGGUUGAUAUUUUUAGUUAGUGUAAAACGGUUCACUUUAAUAGUGGCAUCCAUCACAGGUUUCACAUUUUGAUUAGACGAUGACGGAGCACAAACAUUUUACACUGAAGUGAUUUUUGCUAACUACAUUUCUUAUUUGAACAGAUAUUAUUUUUCAGUCAGUUACGACAUUAAUUGUGGUCAAAUUAUGACUGUAAAUUAACUUUAUCAAAUUGAGCAUCUACUUGAUACACUGACUAUAAUUACAUAACAAGCAUUAUGUGGAUUAAAAUUUAACGAAUUAAAGAACUAAUGUCUGAUAGUAUUAAAAAAAUCAUGAAACAGAAACUUUAUUACAAGUUAUCAGUCAAAAAUCAUGCAAAAUUAUCUUAGUAAUUGUACUUAUGUUACAGUCAACAGUCAACAUCCUCAUCACAAAGAAUAUCUUUGUCAAAACACCUCAUAUCUCAGAUAUUGGACUGGACACGACGCAAAAUUUUUAUACAUGUUAUUUGAAUAUGUAUGUGGUGGUGAACUGUUCAAAUAUCUUCGAGAAGUGGGCCAUUUCUCAUCCGAAACUACACGAUUUUAUGCAAGUGAAAUUAUUUUAGCACUGAAAUAUUUACACAGUUUGAAUAUCGUGUAUAGAGAUUUAAAACCGGAAAAUUUACUUUUGGACUAUUCAGGUCAUUUGAAGAUGACUGAUUUUGGAUUCGCAAAGCAUGUUAAAGACCGGACUUAUUCUCUUUGUGGUACACCUGAAUACUUGGCACCUGAAAUUCUCCAGGGUAAAGGUCACAAUCAUGCAGCUGAUUGGUGGACCACAGGAAUUAUUAUUUAUGAAAUGUUGGUUGGUCGUCCACCAUUUUAUGAUGAAAAUGAUAAUCGGUUGCAUAUAUAUCAGAAAAUUGUAUCAGGAGAUUUUGACUUCCCAGACGAAAUAGUAGAUGAAAAUGCUAAAUCAAUCGUCAGGAAAUUUCUACGUGUAAAUCUCAAUGAACGACUUGGCAGUUCUAAAGAUAGUAUGUAUGAAAUAUUAGAACAUCCGUGGUUCAGUGAUAUUUGUUGGAGUGAUGUUUUCCAGAGAAAGUUAAAGCCCCCCAUCAUUCCCAAUGUACAGAGUGAUGGUGAUACAUGCUGUUAUGAACAGUAUUUUGAACAGGAUUGGUCUGAAAUUCCCUUAUCCAGUGUUAGUUCUCGUAAUUUAUUCAAAGAAUUUUAAUGGAAAAAAUAUACAUUACUAUUUACUUCUCUUGUCAACUAACAAUGAUGAGCUUCAAAAACACAACAAACUAUCAGUUUGUUUACUGACCUGCUUUACGAUUAAAUGUUCAGUUAUGAAAUACGCUCAAAUCUAAGCUACAUGAUAAAACGAAAUUCUUAACAUUACAAUCGUCAAUGUUAACUGACAAUAAAAUUGAAAUAUGUCUAAUUCUGUGGAAAGAUAUUUGUAAUGCAUACAAUGUGCCAUCUCAUUUCCAAUUAAUUAAUGGUUAUUUAUAUGAUAUUUACAUUAGUAACAUUAUUAUUGAGAAACUAAUUUUCCUCCAUUUAUAACCUCCAUAAUACUUAUAAUUGUCAUCAGAAAUAAAGAAAUGUAUGAGUUUUCAUUUGUGUGUGUGUGUGUAAUAAAUAUAUCAACCAAACUAAAGUAUUCUGUACCCUGUUAUUGAUUAUAUCAUUAUUAGAUCUUUUAUCAAUAAGAAUUAGAUCAGAUCCAUCAACAAUGAUUAAAAUGAAUCUUAUUAUCUAAUUGUCCAAUUUCACUUUAUCUAAUAUCUAACUAAUAUCCUUAUGUAUAAAUAAAACUUUUUUUAUUCUGUUGAACAAUUCAAAUUACAUCUAUUAAUUACAAAAAAUUAUGUAAUUUAUUUUUUGAUUUUUUUUUGACAAAAAAUGUUUCAUUUGUAAAUUAUUAUUGAUUAAUUGAUUGAUUUUUUUCGUUCAAUUGUUUAUAUCUUAUAUUAUUUUCUUUGAUCCUCAUUUUCUUGAAAUUAUUAGAAAAACCUAAAUUUUUCAUGAUUUUUUAUAUAUGUAAAAUUUACAAUACAUUAAAGUAGUAUAGUUAAGUGAGAUAAUGAGUAGUCUGUUUGUUUGUUUAGUUUUUAACGAUUAUGUCUUAUGAGAAUUUUUAAUGUUGCCCUAAAUCCUCCGGUGCUUUUUUUUUCUUUGAUGUUCAAAGUGAAUGUAUUGUAUUCUCUUUUAUUUCAUUUUGUCAUAAUUUAUCUAGCAUACAAAUUAAUUUGUUGAUUAGUUCGUUUUACGGCAUUUGAUUUUUAAGUUUAUUUAUAUGAUUGUACUAUGAAUGACAUGGAAAGAAAAGAGACAGAUUUGAUCAAGUGAAAACUGUUUAUAGAUGUUGUUGAUUUAGAUUAUUAUUAUUAUUGAUAUAAUUUCGUUUUCCUCUCUACCAUUUACUUGUUCUAAAGCUUUGAAUAAUGAUCAAAGUGAACUAUAUUCAAUAUAAAGUUAAGAUUAAAAAGAAAGAAUUCAAAUUCUGUUAAGGAUUUUCCACAUGCGGUUUGCUGACUUUUGAAACUGAAUAAUAAAUAACAUACUUACUUAAGCCUGUUACCCCUCGUGGAAAAGCAUAGGCC